GUCAGAACACCCAACAGAUUUAGGAAGGAUAAUAACUAAUAAGUAGUGCAUGAUCUGCCAAUCCGGGAAAAAGUCAUGAAGGGCUCAAACAUUCUUAACUGCUUAUUGUUAUGUUUUUUGGUUUUCAACCCGGCCAGUUCAACACAAGGGCGUUCCAAAUCAUCCACAAAAGUGAAACCAAUACACUCCGAGACUAAGACAUGCUUUAGUCGCAAAAGCCCUUGCUUCCUCAAACGGAUUACCUGUCCGAGCCAGUGUCCAUCAUCACACCCGAAAAGCCCUAAAGCUAAAGUUUGUCACAUCGAUUGCUAUUCACCAAUAUGCAAGGCUGAAUGCAGAAGUAGAAAACCAAAUUGCAGCGGGCGAGGAGCGGCAUGCUUAGACCCGCGGUUCAUAGGUGGAGACGGAGUAGUUUUUUAUUUCCAUGGCAAGAGCAAUAAGCACUUUAGUUUAGUAUCAGACCACAAGCUACAAAUCAACGCCCAUUUCAUUGGGCUCCGACCAUCAGGCAGAUCACGAGAUUACACAUGGAUACAAGCCCUCGGCAUCUUGUUCACCUCUCACACGCUCUCGCUCGAAGCCACACGAGCUGCUACAUGGGACGAAGAAAUUGAUCAUUUGAAGUUUUCAUAUGACGGACAGGUGUUAGAUCUACCCGAAGGAUACUCUUCAAGCUGGAGUUCAUCGAACGAAACCCUAAAAAUUGAGCGAACCGAUAGAAAAAACAGUGUCGUUGUGAUUGUACGCGAUAUUGCUGAGAUAUCGGUCAAUGUGGUGCCAAUCACAAAGGAAGAAGACAGGGUACACAACUAUCAAAUACCUUCGGAUGACUGUUUUGCGCACCUGGAUGUGCAGUUCCGAUUCUUUGGGCUUUCAUCGGAUGUUGAAGGUGUCCUCGGAAGGACAUACCGACCUGAUUUUGAAAGCCCAGCAAAGCUAGGUGUUGCGAUGCCUGUAGUUGGCGGAGAAGAUAGAUAUAGAACGUCCACACUUUUGGCUGCAGAUUGUAAAUCCUGCUUGUUUUCUCCGGUUCAAGUGCCGCAACGAGAUCUCAAUUUUAUGAAGGAUUUAGGUAUUUUAGACUGCACAGGCAGCACAAGGAUUGGACAAAGCAUAGUGUGUAAGAAAUGAGAUUUAGAAUCAUCAUCAUCUAUGAACAAAAUGCAUAGCAACUAGCAUCUAUUCUUAGUUUUUUUUUUUAUUUUUAUUUUUAAUCCUUUUAACAUUUGUCGCCAUUGUAUCACGUGAUUUGAUGAUCUUUUCGCUAAUCGCGAAUCACAAAAAGUGAAUUAUGA